GUCAGGAUGAUCACAGACGUGCAGCUCGCCAUCUUCGCCAACAUGCUGGGCGUGUCGCUCUUUCUGCUUGUGGUUCUCUAUCACUACGUGGCCGUCAACAAUCCCAAGAAGCAGGAAUGAAAGUGGCGCUUUCUCCGCCCCAGGGUUCCAGGACAUAGGCUGAGGCAAGAUGGAGGGUGUGAGGGGCCUUCACACUUCACUUCAUCCCUCUACCCAUCACAACAUACAAAGCAACUACACCUGGAUUUUUCCAAACAACUUUUAUUUCCUCAAAGUCUUCCUUAACCCUAUGGAACAAGAAGCUGCCACUGAGUAGGGCCCAGUAUAGGGGCUUUUUCUACUCCCUCCCCCCAAUAUAAAAAUAUAGAUAUA